AGUAAGCUGAGACAUUCGAGACUCAGACUGCUUUGUUAUUUACCUUUGCAGCAGCCGGAUCUAAUCCAAGGAAAAGAAAUGGAAUAAGCUCCUGUGUGCCGCUUGUUAAAUAUCCUCGGCGGACUUCUACCUGCAGCGGAAGGCACAAUGGAAAUGAAAGGAACCGCUUCUCAACCUCUUACAUGUAAUAACGGCAGUGAAAGGAUCGACCCCUACGGCUUCGAGAGACCUCACGACUUUGAAUCCUACCAGGAGAUGAUGAACGAGUACGUAGCCGUCCUCGACCGCCGCUCGAUGAGAUGGUCCAAGCUCCUUCAGGAGAAACCACACGUGGAGAAGAACCUGACAGUGAAACGCUACGUGCGUAAGGGCGUCCCCAAUGAGCACCGGGCCAGGAUUUGGAUGGCAGCCAGCGGUGCACAGGAGCGCCUGGAGAGCAAACCGGGUCAUUACCAGUCUCUGCUGGCCAUGGAGCACGACACCAAGCUGAAGGAAACCAUCCGUACAGACAUGCACAGGACCUUUCCUGACAACGUCCUCUUCCAAAGCAGAGCAGAGCCCAGCCUGCAGGGGGCUUUGUACAAUGUGCUGCUGGCCUACGGACACCACAACACGGAAGUGGGAUACUGUCAGGGCAUGAACUUCAUCGCGGGCUACCUCAUGAUCAUCACCAAAGAUGAAGAGAAGUCCUUCUGGCUCAUGGACGCGUUGUUGGGCAGAAUGCUCCCAGACUUCUACAGCCCGGCCAUGAUGGGCCUGAAGACUGACCAGGAGGUUCUCGGGGAGCUGGUGAAGGCCAAAGCCCCCGCAGUGGGACAGCUCAUGGCCCAGUAUCCCGGCAUAUGGACACUCGUGGUGUCCCGCUGGUUCAUCUGCCUCUACAUCGACAUUCUCCCAAUUGAGACGGUUUUGCGAAUUUGGGAUUGCCUUUUCUACGAGGGCUCCAAGGUUCUUUUCCGCGCUGCGCUGACUCUCAUCAUUCACCACCAGCCAGAGAUCCUCCGAGCUCGCUCAUUGACCGACGUGUGCGAGUGCUUUAAACAAAUCACCUGCGGCGCUUUCACCCUGGACUGCCACACCUUCAUGCAGAAAAUCUUCACAGAACCUGGGAGCUUGUCGACGGCGACCAUUGAUAAACUCAGAGAGAAAUGUAGACACAGAAUACUGGAGGAAGAAUCCGGAAGGCCGUAAAGUGUUGGAUUCAGCACCUCCCCCCUCCAUGUAACAACUGUACUAUGAUGACAGUUGAUCCACCACCAGAUGCACUACUGGGGGCUUCUUGUGUUGCUUGUGUUGAGAUCUCACACUAAACAGAAUGUCAGCUGCUAUAAAAACAUUCAUCAAACCUGAUACUUAUCUAUUUAAAACUGCCACUGAUUUUAGGACAUGCACUAUAGAAGUAUUAUUUUUGCAGUAGUUUGGGAGGGAAACAAUUGCUUUGAAAUUCCGUUUUAUAUUUAUUUUAAUGGAGAAAGGGAAAUAUAUCUCAGUUAACCUGUUCAAACUACACAAACCUGUUAAUCUCUCUAAUCUUUUCCCUGAUCUAGCUUACCGCAAAACUGCCUCUGCCAAAUAAAGGGAAAGAAAAAAGGGUCAUUUCAAUGUUCCAUUUUUGGUGCCUGGGGCCGAUCGUAGCAACCAACACCAUGUGUUUACCAAACACCGCGGGACGUCUUUCCUCCACACUGCGAAUACAGACGGACACACUGAGGAGCAGAGAUGUGAUGAAACUGGACAGUAACACUAAAGAGAAUUUAAUAAUCAGUCAUUCACACCUGCAGGAUGUAAAUCCCCUUACAUGAAAAAAGGGCUCUAAACUAUUCAUGCAUUUGCAGGAUUCAACAGCACUAUUAUUCUAGAAUAGUGCAUUGACUCUUUUAUUAAGUCCAAACAAACCAGAAACCAGUUUGACAACCGCUGAACAACGGCCAAAAUGAAUCAAAUAGUGUUCAUACACGUUUAUUGACCUCUCCUUUAGAAAACGGCUCAAACAAAUCAAUUAAAACCCAAUUAAAUCACUACAUGGACAUUUAGAUCACGGUGGAUAAAAACAUAACCAAGAUAACAAACAUCUGCACUUUCUCCCACAUCAAACAAUGCACAUGCGUGGUAGUAACAGUAUAUGAGGGCUACGGGAGACACACAGACGGUGUCCCAGGCAGUGAGCAGGUACCUCCAUGGUAUUUACUUUAAUCCCAUCUAUGUUACAGCUGGGAAGGCACUGAAUAACACAGAACACAUGUCCCUGGACACUUUAGUCCUUAGAAGACAAUAUUUGAGAUAACUUUAGUGCAACUUCUUCCACUAAAGAAAAAAAAA